AAGCAAUUGGUCAAAUCGCGGAGACGAACAGGCACAUUAUCCGGCUGUAUCGCUAGUCUCGCAAAUUGUUGGAAUUCAGUGAAUCGCAAUUCCCCGAGCCAUGUAUUCAAAGGUAACCGUACGCCAGCUCAGUGUGUUGGAGAGUCGGUUUUGAGAUCUUUCGUUCUAUCAAACCUCCCUCGUAUUUCCCUUCGGUGGUCUGCAGGCGCCUCCUUCAUCCCCUCCAAUCGAUCGCCCGUCCUCGCAUAUCAAAGUACCUUGGUCUUAGGAAUAAGAAACAUCGCUCCCGCCGGGUUGCCCUUAUAUCGGUGCGAGACGGCCAUCUCCAAAGAAGCGAUUCGAAACGCAGUCAAGACUUAGUUCUCCCGAAGAAAGACAGCAUCACAAUACAAGCUCGACCUCCUCAACCCCGCUGAUACCAUGACAUUCGAUCAGCUGUCCAUUGCCCUCGCCAGUCUAGCGAUUUUGAUCGUUGUUGCAUAUACAGCACAUGCAAAGCUGCGCUUUGAAGGCUUGCCAACAAACCUGCCAUGGGUUGGCAGGCAGUACGGCUUUCUCGCGGAUCUACGAACACGAGCGGGUAGUAUGGGCAAUCUUCUUCCAUCCAUUGAGUCUGGCUAUCGCAAAUAUUCGAAAGCCGGAAUCAAUUUCAUCCUCCCUUGUUUCGAUCGAGCAUUCAUUCUUGUCCCAGGUUCGCAGGUCAAGUGGAUCACAGAGCAAGCCGACAAUGUCUUGAGCGCGGCGUCCAUGCAGAUCGAAGUCUUGCAGACAGAUUAUACCCUUCUCGACCCAUCGAUGGCCAGAAACCCUAUUCACGAAACCAUAGUCCGGAGAGACCUUACACGCUCGCUCGGUGCACUUAUACCUGAUAUUCACGAAGAGUUGAAUGUGGCCAUUGACGAGUACUUGGGGAAGGACACUGAGAACUGGGUUGAUAUCUCGGUAUUCUCGGAUAUGCAGAAAAUAGUUGCUAGGAUUUCAAACCGUAUCUUCGUGGGACUGCCAUUGUGCCGGAAUGAAGAGUACCUCGUCAAUGCUGGUAAGUUUGCGACCGACAUCGCUGUCACCGGUGCUGUGAUGCGCUCUAUACCUGGCAUCAUCAAACCUCUGCUGGCAUGGAUCGUGAUUCUUCCGAACAGAUGGCAUCUCUAUAAAUGCUCCAAGCAUCUACUCCCUUUCGUGCGUCAAAGGAUCGCGGAUUUGAGUGCUCGGAGACAAGGGGAAAGUAAAGCAGGACUGAAUGACUUCACGACAUGGUACCUCGACGAAGUUGCUGACCAUCCAGAUGCCGCUGAGAGAGCCCCCGAGAAAGUAGUCAAGCGUUUGAUGACAGUAAAUUUUGCUGCCAUCCAUACAUCAACCUUCACGGCAACCAACAUCAUCUUUGACUUGCUCUCCUCACCCAACGCAGCCGAGAAUAUCCAGGAGAUUCGCGAGGAGAUGCUGCAUGUUUUGUCAGAACACGGUGGGAAAUGGGAUAAGAACGCAGUUGCACAGCUGGUAAAGACUGACAGUGCUGUCAGAGAGAGCUUGCGGAUCUCGACUUUCAUGAGUCACGGCAUGGACAGAAUGGUCGUCAGUCCUGAUGGUGUCACCAUGCAAGACGGCCUUCAUUUGCCUGCUGGGUCUCGCAUUGCAACGUCCACUUUCGCUAUCCAUCACGAUGAUGAUAUUUACGAGAACUCCAGGACUUAUGAUCCGUUCCGCUUCUCUCGCAUUCGAGAAACUGCUACAAUGACCAAAACAACCCAAGGUAAUGGUGGGGAGCAGAAAGACUUCACAAAGCUCUUGGAGUCGAAGAAUCUCUCUACGGUCACCACCUCUGAUACCUUCCUUUCCUUUGGUCAUGGUAGACAUGCUUGCCCUGGCCGAUUCUUCGCAGCGACCGAGAUGAAAUUGUUACUUGCCUGCAUCAUUUUGAACUACGAGUUCAAGGCUUUGGAAGCUCGACCACCAAAUCAAUACAUUGGAGGGGCGAUUUUGCCGCCGAUGCAAGCUACAAUUUCAAUAAAGAGGCGGCAACAUUGAAAUAACGAUAUCGGGGGCAACAAUGUUUAUUGUUCUUCGGGAUUGUGUUUAGAGAGUAUGAGACCCAUUCUGCACUUCUGGCAC